UUGGUCAAAAUAAAAGCUGACACGACUGUCGUCCAAUCAGAUUCUGUUGUGGUUAGCGCUUUGGUCCAAUCUGGAUCCGCUAUGUAAAUCUUGAACCGAAGUUUCCCCAGUAGCAGCACUCUCCGGUGACAGCAUUUAGCUUUUCAGAUGUUUCAUUUACUGUUUAAUUAGCGACGUCAGGAACGUUUUGAAAGCAGGUGUCACCGACGAAUAACUGCGGCGCCGUAAGGGAAUGAAGAGCAACACUUUUGCUAUGUUUGCGCCACGAGCUUCCCGAUAAGCGGUAAUUAAAGCUGAUAGCUAACUGCUAAUAGCUAGUAUUGCUAUCUUUCGCUUUUCGCCGGUACAGGCGGACCUCUUUGUCUGACAGGGGAAGGCGUGCUCUUUUGUUAGGCUUUUCCCUUUGUCCGAUCGGGAAAGAGGAACUGUUGGGUCAGGAUUUCACAAUUAUCUGCAACUCUGAAAGUAUUUAGAAAAUGCAAAUCGCGAAAAAAUACCUCACAGAAGGUCUGAUUCAGUUAACAAUCUUACUCAGUUUGAUUGGAGUCCGUGUUGAUAUCGACAGCUACUUAAGCGGCUACUACUCGCCCCUGAUAGAGAUUAACUUAGGUCCUAGCUCUGCUUACACCCAGACACCCUUCCACAGUUUAAGAGACAAUCUUGACGGAUACAGUGUUCACCCGAAAUGUCCUGAAUUGGACUAUUUCUUUGCAAGUCGCCGGCUGCUAGACGAGGUAAGGAACCUCGGCUCCCCCCGGUUCCCCACUCAGCUGAACGCAUGGCUGGUGCACCAAGUGUCUGCCACUGACAAGGCCGACUGCGGGCCUUCAACCAGCAACAACACUGACACCAGCUCGGGGUUAGAAAGCUCCGGGGACGAGGCCAGUCGUGACAGUGAACACCUGCUAGACAGAGGCCAAGAUGUUUGCCAAACAACCGCUGAACGUGGACAAGGGCCUUGUAACGCAGGAGCCUGUGGGGCUCUUAAAGAGGAGAGUGAUGCUAAAGUUAAAGAGGAAGAAGAACCUGCCCCUCUCACUCAGCUGGCUCACAGCUCCACGCUGGAGCAUGAGAGUCUGCUUGAAGGCAUCACUUCACUGAAUCUUCCUCCUAGCAUUGACAUUGACCAGCAUUGGAGCAAUUUACUCUCUCUGUCUGUUACAGACCUUGACGACUUGGACUCCCUUGUUUCUGGACGUGUGUCAGACAUUGACUCGGACAUCACAAGCGCUAUCAGCCAGGAUGUCAGCUUGCAUGAUGCCAUGGUAACCAAUGCAGUGUCUGAAAGAGCUGAGCCCAGGCCGGACACCCAACAACGAAGAAUCCUCUUCAGAAUGGAAUCUACCAGCUCUUCACACUCAGACGUGUCACCAGGGAUGGCCCUGGGCCUGGCUGCUCUCCCCUUCGCUUCUGUUUGUAAUCUAACUGGAAACGGGGCACUGGGUGGCUGUCUGGAUGAGGCUGUGUUUGAACAAAUCAAUCAGCUGGGCUUGGAAGGCCUGGACACAAUGGACACCCAGCUGAUGGACUGUCUGGAGGGAAUAGACCCACAGGUUCUGGAGGACUUGGACUCAGACUCUGGUCUCUCGUUGGAGAGCAGCUCUGGAGGUCCAGUCUCCCCAGGUUCAUCUGAGAUGUCAUCUUCCUCCAGUUCAUAUUGUGAGGAUGAGUGUGGAGCUACAGGCUACAGCAGUGAGGUGGAGUCAGUUCCCCCUAAGUCUAUCACAGACUACACCACAUCGUGGGCCCCCAUUGAUCUGAGUGAGAGUGUGUGGCAUGACCACAGCUACUCGUCUCCUGCUCUCUUCAACCCACCACCAGUAACAUUUCCCCACAAAGGGAUCAAAGAGGAGCCUCUCAGCGACGAUGAAGGGCCGUUUUCGGAUGAGAGGGAGAUGAGUCGCGAUGAGCUUCGUGCCCGUGCCAUGUUCAUCCCCUUCUCUGUCCUGCAGAUCGUGAACAUGCCUGUGGAGGAGUUCCUGGAAGUUCUCGAUGGCCAGGGCUUCUCCCCUGAACAGGUGACCCUGCUGAGGGACAUUCGCAGGCGAGGGAAGAACAAGUUGGCAGCACAAAACUGCAGGAAGCGCAAACUAGAUGCCAUAACAGGGCUCCAAGAGGAGGUGGAAAGGUUGCAUGCUCAAAGAGACAGGCUGCUGAGGGAGAAACAUCUUACAGCCAAGACAAUGGGUGCUGUGGGCCAGCAGAUAAAGCAACUGACCAGAGACGUCCUGGCCCGACUCAGGGAUGAUUCAGGACAGCCCCUGAACCCGGAAAGAUUCACCCUGCAGUGCGGGGCUAACGGGAGGGUUGUAGUUCAGCCCGUGAGAAGACCUGCUGUCUCCACAUCUACUGGCAACAAAACAGACAAGAGAAAGAAGGAGAAGAAGCAAUGAUGCAGUAUUUCCAGCUUGGACUUGGGUUUUUCUGAAAAUUUCUGAACUUACUUGCCUGACUCUGGUUUUGGGAUCUCCUCUUCUGUCAAAGUGGGUGUGGAUUCACCAAUGCAGGGAGGCUAAAUCUGCAAAAGCUGCAAAAAAGAAAUGAAAUUCAGAACAUCGAAACAAAAAUCUUUGUAAAUAUAACUUCUCGCGGGAAAAAUGUAGCCUACACACUGGACAUUCUUUGCUCAAUUAAGAUGCACAAGGCAUCACAGGGCAGUGUAAGGGAAGAGCGAUGCUGCAGACGAUGCUACCAGUCUCUCUUUGUGCCUCUUAAUAUUAAAGUAAUGAGUCUAACUUUUACCGACAAGCAUAGACAAGCAUUCAUGUCUAACAUCAACAUGGCCAGCAUUUUGACAGUUACUUGAUAGAGAUCUUGGUGGAGGCCUCUAUUUUUUUUUCAUGUAAUCUUGCCCCUCAAUGUAUACCUACUCAGUAUAAGGAGGAGGUUAAACUUGUAUUUAUUAAAGUUUCUGAGGUUCCGGAAAUGCUAAUAUGCAGCAUGGGACCAUCAAGGGCAGUAAUGUUUUUUUUUUUUUUUCAUAAGGGUAAGUCUAUUUCAAAAUGGUAUGAAUAUUACCCAGCUGAAGUUUACAGAUUUGUUUCAGAUAUUUGAGGGCAUGUACUGUUCGGUAGAAAUGUGAACUGAAAUGUUAAAAAAAAAAAAAAGAAAAAAAAAGAUUUUGUGUUUUUUCUUAUGUCUUGAUGACAUAUGAUUAUACCAAUGAUUAAUCUGACAUGGCCUUAGUUUGCAUUGGAGAAGUGUUUUGAAUAUUGUGUGCUUACAUGAUCCACAUAUGCACAUUGUCUUGAUAAAAAAAAGAA